AUGGACACACCGGAGCAGAGUUUGGAAAAUGGACUGGGUGGUGCUAUCAGCCUCACAAAUGGCUUCCAGACUGGAGAUCAACGUGCCUCCUUUGCUGAAGGACGGGUGGGCUCGGCAUCUGGUAUGGACUUGAGUAGGCUUCCUGCACCCAACGCCUUGGUUGGGAGUCAACACGAGACAUUGUUCAAAAUGUGUAGGACUAUCCGAUAUGGGAAGAAAGUCAAGUGCACUCUGUCUGCCUCUGGACGCUGGGCAUCCCAUAUAUCACGAGCCCAUUUUAUUCUCGAUGAAUGUGGCGGCCCUCCAGCCCUUACCAGCCAGCGUUCUCGGUCUCAAGUUGCCAUGAUGAUAUGGUGGGAUGCAACACUUGCCUUGGUUUCUCGACAGGGUCCUAUACUUCCCCGACCCUACCUUGACCACCUCCGGAGUCAUGAGACAGAUGACCAAUGGUCCUUUUACCAGCUCUCAGGAUGUCCCACUGAGCUUGUGGUACAUAUAUCCUCCCUAGCGGAGCUGGCACAGCAAAAAGAGCUUGCUUCCUCUAUGACAUGGCUUGCUUUCGACUUGACCCCGGUAUUACACAUCGAAGCACAGAUCUGUAGCUGGAAGAACCCUUCAUCAUGCAGCUACUUCGCUACAGAUUUUGAAUUGAACCAUACGGCAGGUACAGACGAAGACACUCUCCAUGCUCGAAAAGAUCGAUACCAUUGCAUCGAGGCCUGGCGGCACGCUCUUCUCCUAUAUAUUGAACGUGUUUUUAAAUGGGACCGUGGAGUAUCUCAACCGAAAACUAUGGGACGUCUAAUUCGAUCGACUCUGGAUCACGUUCGAUGCUGUCGGCGCACAUCUAUGACGCAGAAACAAUUGCUUCUGCCCGUUUUUCUGGCUGGAAGUGAGACUCGGGAUGAGGAAAUGCGGAGCGUUGUGCGACGUUAUUGUCGCUGGUGGGGCCAAAGGAGUCGCUACCAUAUGUUCCACUCUGUUCCCUCGUUGCUGGAGGAAAUCUGGGCCGCAGAGAGUUGGUGGGGGGAUGUGGUGGAUUCAAAGACAAGAGGAACAUCUGGGCAGACCCCAGUCCAAUAUCUUUUGGGAUAG